AUGAAAAAGAAUAAAUUCAGCCAUCUCUUAAAGAGUCCUUCUCUUUCAUUGAAAAGAGAUCAGAAGGCAAAGAGCAUUCCAAAACCGAGGAUUAACCACUCAAUAACAAAACAGAUCUCCAGUCUUUCAAGGAUAACGAAAUCUCCAAAGAAGCUCCUUCGGUUUAAUUACCCGAGGACUCAGUUAAAAAUAUGAGAUAGUUUCUCUGAAGAUUCUGAAGAAGAAAGCAAAUUGAUAAGAGAGCUAGAAAACUACAAUAUCCUACCAGACAAGAAGUUACAGCAAAAACUUGAUUAUUUCAUCAAUCCUUAUAACAAGAAAAUAUUCCUGAAUAAGUGCUAUCAACCAGAGGAACCGAAAUAAAUGGGAAUCAAUAGCCAACCUGAUUCUUGGAAAUAAUCCUAAGUUAAUGAGGCAAACAUUGAAGAAUAUCAACAGAAGCUUCUAUAACAGCCUAAUAGAGGUCAAGGAAUGGGCCGCUAAAAAUAGAGCUAAUAUGAAAUGGAGCAAAGUUAUCAAUCAGGCUGUAGAUCUCCGGACUCCUAAGGAACAACCGAGAAGGACAAGUGCAAUUAACAAAUCAAAUGACUCUAAAUCCUCCCUUCUUCGCUGGUCCAACGCUGUUAGAAGUGUUAUUCAAAAUAAGAAGGACCUAAAAAUAUAAUUAAAGAAGAAGCAAUCUCAGUAGAUGAUGGAGAAGAAUCCCCAGAAACUACUUCCUUACUUAAAAUUCUGAGGAAAAAGAAGAAACACGAAGCAGAGAAACUUGAAUCGAAGGAAGAUGCCAGCUACACCAAAAAUUUCAAAAAGUAUGCUUCUUUGAAUUUUUUCACAUGAAUAACUAACUUUUUAUUUCUCUUCCUAAUUUUUCCAAAAUAGCUUGUCCAUGAUUUAUAAGAACAUCCAAUCGAAUGAAAUAAAGGCAAAACGGAACUUAAGUGUGACAAAAUUAGAAGGCGUGAAGCCAGAUAUGAACCAGAUAUCUAACUUCAACCUUGUCGUCAGAAACCUUCAGGAAAGUCCUGAAGAGUUAAAAGUGACUGAAACUUUGGAAGCAGAGCCAGAAAUACGGAAGAAGCCUGUUAAGAAGAAGUCUUAUAUGCCCAAAGAGUCUGAAGCGUUCAAGAAUUAUUUUAAGAUUGGCAGUGAAAGAAUACGAAGGAAUUCAUCUAGCAAGGGCCUAUCAGCGAGUAGCUCGAAACCAGAACUGAUCAAAGAGGUCUUCAAAGAGAAUACCCUCAAAAAGAGAAAAAGCAGAAAAUCUAUUCAUAAAAAUAGCGGUGAAGAGAAACUUCUUAUCAAGUUUGGAAACGAAGAAGAUGGCCUGUUCCAGCAGAGCUAUUCCUUUGGAAAUUCAGAGACCGAGGAGUUACAUAAGAUAAUUACAGAUUUGGAAGCAAAAAGGAUGAAAUUUAAGCCAAUAUCCAAAUCUUUUAGAGUUAACGACUUAAUGCCUCACUCAGAUCUACUCAUAACUAAGACAGCAUCGAUGGCUGCAAUAAAUCUUCCUGAGCCGAUCAAAGAUGAGAAUGAUGUUGCUCUUCCUAAAGUCACAGGGGAUCGAAGGAUAAAGAAUUAUCUAAAUACAAAUUUUGGUACCACUGGCUCUACUAAAGCUUCAGGUAUGAACCAAGACAUCUCAAAAAUGAUCAUAAGAUUACCUAAAUCAAAAAAGAAAAAUAAAUUUACUCUGUUAAAUAAUAUGGAAAUUAGAUCAAGAAGAUUCAAGCCAAUAUUAGCCAAAAAGAUUCCUGUUGAGCAACUUAAGUAAGAAUUAUUUCAACAUAUGCUCAUUAUUUCAGAAAAAGCCUUGGAGAAUGUCAAGGAGAAAUAGGAAUAGCCACAAAAAUUCGAUAUAGCUUUUCACCAAAUCCAAAGGACCUUAACCUUCUCAAACUCGAGACCUCUCCUAGAGUGUCAAAUGUGGUGUCUCCUCGGAUGUCUCUAGGUCCAUUCCUUCCAAAUCCUUAUCAGAACUACAAAAAACACACAAAAGGAAAGCGGAUUUGUCUUGCUCACGCAAAACGAAGGAGGCCUGAAGAUUCUCUAUCCCAGUUGACUCUCAAAAACUCGCUUGAGGAAGCAGAAGGGAGCCUAGAAGGCUGAUACAGAAGAAUUAAUGGGUAUGAAAGCACUAUCUUCUUAAAACCUCAACAUAGGAGGGAUAAAAGUAAAAUCAAGAAUAAAUUCAAAAAGUCUCUAAAUGGAAGAAGAAGUUUUGAUAUCCUUGACAUCGUACGGUUAUCGAAGGAGAUUCAGCAAGGUGAAAUCUAGUGGAGAUAGCUCCUCUGGAUGACCACAAUGAGUGCAAAUCUCAUCAACCAAUAAUUAGUGCUAGUUAUGCCUUAAACGAUACCAUUUU